AGCCGUCCGAUCGGUACCAUUUUCUCCACUGAAAAUGGACCGUUCCUCAUUCUUUUAAUCAACUUUUCUUAACAGCCCAUUUUUAGGCAAUAAAUUUGGACAGCCCAGAUUGUCCGAUCACUGUCAUUUUUUAAAUAUACGGCCACUUCAUGUGGUGACUGGUGAUCCACGAGAUAAACAGUUCUGAUCUAAAAGCUGAAAUGCUGCAGAUGAUCCAGCCGUCCUAGGAAACAUCCCCUAUUAUAAAAUCACUUCAAUCCCUCCUUUAAUCUCAGCCACUCAUAAAAAUAAAAAAAUGUGUCUACAAGAAAGAUAGUACUAAUGGCAUUUUCGUAAUUUCAGAUACUAUAUUCAAAAACUGGCGGAAGAAACAAAGUCCUUAGAAUCCUUAUAACAUUACUCUCCUCACAAAUGCUUCCAAAAUCACUCGUCUUAUCCUUCACCUCUAUUCCCUUAUCCAACACCCUUCUCCCCCUCCCUCCCACACCCCACCCCACCCAACACACCCACAAAUCCCAACCGUUCAUCAUGUCUGAUUUCUCCUUCGAUUAUUCAUCGUCCGAUCAACGGUACCGUAACCACCGCCGUUACAAAACGCCAACGACCUCACGUGACCCAUCUCGUUCUUUCGCCCCAUCCAACCGUUCAUCCCACAGCCCCGCUCCCACAAGGCUCCAUCUCCCAUCUCCGGCCGCCCCAUUCGCCACCGAUGACGAUACAUCAUGGCAAGGUGAGAUAUCCUGGCAAUUCAAACCGACCGGAUGGCAAGUCGGCAGCAGUCUCGGUUCAGCUCUUAGCCCAUGGCCCACCACCACCACCACCACUGCCCCAAUUUCCAACCGUCGGAUCUUCCGCUCCGCUAAUGACUACUACCUCUCUCACACGGUCGGCGGCUACCGCAGCUUCGCCAAUCCGUACUCUGAAUUCUCGUAUGUGGGACGCAUGUCAUCUCCAAGGAGGAUUGAGCUCCAGAGUUAUGUUGCCAGCCAAAAUCAGUUUUCUACUUCAAGAAAUCAUGUUCCCCCACGUGGGUUUUCAAGAAACCUAGCUAAUAUUCCCUUAGCUAAUAAGGAUGAAUUCAGCUUGGUUGACUAUAGCGAAUCGAGCAACAUCGUAGAUAAUCAGAUUCAUGUAGUUGAUACAGAUCAUCAUCGUCAAUCUUCUAAACUUCAUCGUCUUUCAAGCCGUGAACGGCUUUUAUUAUCACAUGAUCGUGACACUAUUGAUGAUGAUGACGGUGGUGGAGGUCAUUUGAAGUUACAUCGUAGUCAUGGUUAUGUUGAGCCCCAGGUAAGGCGAGCUGUUGAUGAUGAUGAUGAUCAUGAUGAAGAUGAAGAUGAUCAUGUGAGGGGUUAUAAGCAUACACAUGAUGGUCAUGGGCAUGGCCAUGGUUAUGAUGAACGGCCGUCGAUAAGUCAUUAUGGGGAUGGUGGGGAGGUGUAUGAUGAUGAGGAGGAUGAGGAUGAUGAUGAAGAAGAAGAAUUGGGGGCAGCUAGAUCAGUUGGGUUAUUUGGGUUGUUCAAGUACUCUACAAAGUGGGACAUGGUUCUUGUGAUUUUGGGAUGUGUAGGGGCUUUGAUCAACGGUGGAUCUCUUCCUUGGUAUUCUCAUCUUUUUGGGAAUUUUGUUAACAAGAUUUCUAAUGGUGACAAGAAUCAGAUGAUGGAACAUGUUGAGAAGACAUGCCAAUACAUGGCUGGACUUGCAGCUGUAGUGGUGAUUGGAGCAUACUUGGAGAUAACAUGCUGGAGAAUGGUGGGGGAGAGAUCAGCGCAGCGGAUCCGAACGGAGUAUCUAAGGGCGGUUUUGCGGCAAGAUAUCGGAUUCUUCGACACCCAAAUCAGCACCGGCGACAUAAUGCAUGGUAUUUCUAGUGAUGUUGCACAGAUCCAAGAAGUCAUGGGGGAGAAGAUGGCCCAUUUCGUCCACCAUGUGUUUACCUUCAUCAGUGGAUAUGUGGUAGGCUUUAUUAGAUCAUGGAAGGUGGCCUUGGUAGUUCUCUCCGUCACACCGUUGAUGAUGUUUUGUGGGAUCGCUUAUAAGGCCGUCUAUGUUGGAUUAACGUCUAAGGAAGAGGUUUCAUAUCGGAAGGCUGGAACCGUAGCCCAGCAGGCGAUCAGCGCGAUCAGGACCGUGUUUUCUUUUGUGGCCGAAGAUCACUUGGCUACGAAAUAUGAUGAAAUGUUGGAACAAUCUGUACCGUUCGGAUUGAAGAUCGGGUUUGCAAAAGGUGCAGGGAUGGGUGUGAUUUACUUGGUGACCUAUUCCACGUGGGCCCUAGCUUUCUGGUACGGAUCGCUGUUGGUUGCUAAGGGAGAAAUCAAAGGUGGAGCAGCCAUUGCUUGCUUCUUUGGUGUCAACGUCGGAGGAAGAGGCCUAGCAUUAUCUCUAUCAUACUUCGCACAGUUCGCACAAGGGACGGUAGCAGCAGGCCGGGUGUUUGAUGUCAUCGAGAGAGUCCCUGAUAUUGAUCCUUAUAAUCCUAAUGGACGGAUCCUUUCGGAUGUUAGAGGGAGUAUUGAGUUCAUAGGUGUAAGCUUCGCAUACCCAUCUCGCCCUGAGACUCAGAUCCUUCGAUCAAUCGAUCUUGCGGUCCCACCAUCGAAGAUACUCGCAUUGGUGGGGGCCAGUGGAGGUGGUAAAUCUACCAUUUUUGCUUUGAUAGAAAGGUUCUAUGAUCCAAACAAGGGGACGGUAUUCUUGGAUGGUCGUGAUAUCAGGACGCUUCAAGUAAAGUGGCUGAGGGACCAGAUAGGCAUGGUGGGCCAGGAGCCUGUACUCUUCGCUACUUCUAUCUUAGAAAACGUAUUGAUGGGGAAAGAGAAUGCAACGAAGAAAGAAGCUAUUGCUGCUUGCAUUGCAGUCAAUGCUCACAGCUUCAUCUCAAACCUCCCACAAGGCUACGACACUCAGGCCGGUGAGCGUGGGGUCCAGCUAUCAGGCGGCCAAAAGCAACGGAUCGCCCUGGCUCGAGCCAUGAUAAAGGACCCUAAAAUCCUUCUCUUGGAUGAGCCCACCAGCGCCUUAGAUGCCGAAUCUGAGGCAGUCGUCCAACGCGCCAUCGACCAAAUCUCCACCACACGUACAACCCUCGUCAUUGCUCACCGUCUAUCAACGGUCAGGAACGCUCACACCAUCGUUGUCCUCGACAGCGGCACCAUCGCAGAAUCUGGGACCCACAGCCAGCUCAUCAAACGCUCCGGCCUCUACGCUGACCUAGUCAAACUCGCCUCUGACAACAUUUCCUCCCGGGUCCACAACUACCCAACCCCGUCUCGCCACGUCACGAAUAAAGACAAAGAAGAGUCCGCGUACUCCCUCUACGUGAAAUCCAUGCAAGAGCACUCCGUCUACGUGAAAUCCAUGCAAGAGAACAAAGUCCAAUUCUACGAAGAAGAAAAGCAGCAAAAAAGGCGGGAAAAACCCAACAAAAUUCCUCUCUCGGAGGUAUGGAAACUGCAGAAACCCGAGCUUUUAAUGCUCAUACUCGGGUUUCUGCUCGGAAUCCAUGCAGGCGCAAUCCUCUCCAUCUUCCCUCUCCUGCUCGGCCAAGCACUGGAAAUCUACUUCGAUGGAACCCCUUCAAAGGUGAAACGAGAAGUCGGAUACCUCGCAUUAGGGCUUGUCGGGUUAGGUUUUGGAUGUGUGGUGUCGAUGACCGGCCAGCAAGGCUUCUGUGGAUGGGCCGGCACAAAGCUCACGAAACGGGUCCGGACCCGACUCUUCCAAUCUAUCUUAAAACAAGAGCCAGGUUGGUUUGACUUCGAUGAGAAUUCAAUUGGGGUUCUUGUUUCAAAGCUCUCGAUCGAUUGUGUCAGUUUCCGGUCAGUCCUCGGUGACCGGAUUUCCGUUCUCCUGAUGGGUUUAAGCUCGGCGGCCGUCGGGCUUGGUGUGUCGUUCUUUCUCGACUGGCAUCUGUCGCUAUUGGCUACAGGCCUUACACCGUUCACACUCGGAGCUAGCUAUCUCAGCUUGAUUAUAAACAUAGGUCCGAAAUUAGAUAAUAGUGCAUAUGCAAGGGCUAGUAGUAUUGCUGCCAGUGCAGUUUCUAAUGUUCGGACGGUCACGACGUUUUCGGCUCAAGAACAGAUAGUUAUGUCAUUCGAUCGGGCAUUAUCAGAACCAAGGAACAAAUCUACCAAGAGAUCGCAGAUUCUAGGUCUUGCUCUGGGGUUUUCACAAGGGGGUAUGUAUGGAGCAUACACUCUCACUCUUUGGUUUGGUGCAUUUCUUGUAAAAAAGGGCUACACAAGCUUUGGAGAUGUGUAUAGGAUCUUUCUCAUAUUGGUUUUGAGCUCUUUCUCAGUGGGGCAGUUGGCGGGGCUUGCGCCGGAUACGUCGAAUGCUCCGGUGGCCGUUCCUGGGGUGUUGGGGAUUAUCAAUAGGCGGCCGGCGAUCAGUGGCGAUGGACGGAAAGGGAAGAAGGUGGACAGUUCAAGAAUGGUGGAUGUUGAGUUUAAAGGGGUGAAUUUUGCUUAUCCAUCGCGGCCCGCCGCUGUUGUUUUGAAGGAUUUUUCUUUGAAGGUGAAAGGAGGGAGUGUGGUGGCUUUGGUGGGGGGAAGUGGAUCUGGGAAAUCUACUGUAGUUUGGCUUGUGCAGAGGUUUUAUGAUCCAAUCAGGGGGAGGGUUUUGAUGGGUGGUGUGGAUUUGAGAGAUCUUGAUUUGAAGUGGCUACGGAGGCAGUGUGCUUUGGUGGGCCAGGAGCCGGCCUUGUUUGCUGGGAGUAUAAGAGAGAAUAUUGGUUUUGGGAAUCCAAAUGCAUCAUGGGCUGAGAUUGAAGAAGCUGCUAAGGAGGCUUACAUUCACAAGUUCAUCAGCGGUCUACCACAAGGUUAUGAAACACAGGUUGGCGAGGGAGGAGUCCAGCUAUCAGGGGGCCAGAAGCAAAGGAUUGCAAUUGCGAGGGCUAUUUUGAAAAAAUCCAGAAUUCUGUUGCUGGACGAGGCAAGCAGUGCGUUGGACCUGGAAUCGGAGAAGCACGUGCAAGAGGCGUUGCACAAGGUCUCGAAGCGGGCCACCACGAUCAUCGUGGCCCACCGACUCGCCACCAUCCGAGAGGCGGAACGGAUCGCGGUCAUUCGCGACGGAUCGUUAGCGGAGUACGGUAGCCACGAUUCGCUCAUGGCCAACCAUAUCAACGGUGUCUAUGCCGCCCUUGUAAGGACCGAAAUGGAAGCUAAUGCACUCGCUUGAACCGUCUUCAUGUAUCGUAACGUUACGCUACGUAUCGUUUCGUACGGUAUUUUUUUUCCAUUAUUUCUCCCAAAACGGAAAUUUACCAUAUAAUGCCUCCCAAAACGGGAUUUUACUAAAUCUCUUUUUUAGCUGUGAAUUUACGAUACUGUCCUUGUGUAU